AUGAUAAGGGUACGCAACUAUUCCUACGCUCCCCACCUGGAAAGAGAGGGUCGUUUCAUUUGUCCACUACCAUCACCACCAAAUGUAGACACCAAUCGUGGUGAAUGGUAUUCCAAUUUAAAACCCUACGAACGGCUAUUCUAUCAUCAAACCCUGUCAUCGGUACGCAGCAGUAAACGUUAUGUGGCCACAUCCCAGAUACCCAAGGAUUCAUUAGAUUUUCAAUUGCAAGCACGCUAUGUUCACUCGCGAGAGAAUUUUCCCGAAUUGGUCGAUUAUGUUUUGCAAACGGAAACAUGCUGUCAAAUGCCACAGACAUUUCGUGUGUUGCGAAAUACUCAAGAUAUAAAACUGCCAAAACCCGAUAAAAUGGGCCACCCAUUGAAAAUUGGUGGCAUCAAAGAGAAACUAUCACCCCACAGUGUCAAAUUAAUUAAUAGCGGACCGCACACGCAAUUGGUUAAUAAUGGAUAUUCUCGUCAACCGGCUGAUGGCAAUUUCUUCCGUUAUUAAA